CUGUUGUGUUCAUCCCGCUGCCUACCCCCUUUCACAAAAAUAAUGUGCAGUGUGUUAUCAACUGCAUUAAUGUUGAUUUUUUUUCUGAGAAAAAAUUGGCAGUUCUUUUCCUUUUUCGCUACAGAUAAUGAUGCAUUUAAUCCAGCUGAAUCCCAUUAUUAAGCACACAUGGAAUGAAAAGAACCUUAAUCCAACAUUCUGUUAUAAUGCCAAAAACUAUUAAAAAGGUUUACCUUAUAAUAUUUAAGAUAUCCUUGUAAACACAGUAGUAUUUGACUAUGUUUUGGAUGAGGCACUAGUGCCUUUAUGUGCAGGUGCACAAAAGAAAUGCAACACUUUAGUGGAUUUAAUCAAAAUAUUUUUAAUGUAGGUAUUUUACAAAAUCACUGAUUGAUUGUGAGCAAAAAUACAGAUCAAAGAAGGUUAUGAUGUACAGUGUGAUACACAGGAAAGCAUCACAAACGUAACAUUAAUGCAAUCCUGGUAGCUUUGAUGCAUAGACCUGAUGUGGGAUGUUCUGCUGUUCUCCUGGUGGCACAGUCGCGAGCUGGUGAAGGUUGACCAGUUGCAUUUUUCUCCCGUUGAUGAUCUUGAAAAAUUGAUACCAUAAAACUACUGAUUGAAAUCAGGAAAAUGUCAAGUCAGGAAAAUGUUUUAAAGACUGCUGUAUAUCUGAUCAGUACAUUUGUCCUCAGUGUGUGUCAAAGGUGUUUUUGUGUUAAAUAUUAUUUCUCCCUACAUCAGCCUUAUGCCUUUCUACAGGUUGGAUUUAGCAGUGUGGAUAUAAUGGUCACGGCAAUACCUCUACAUACUCCAAAACAGUUUUCAUCAUUGAAUGAAACAUUCCACUGGUGUCUCUUCCACCAUCUCAGAAGAAAUGAAAUGCUUCCAAUGACUGCUUUUGUCAUGGGUGUAAUGGAUAUGGACAAAUAGUCUCCCUGGACAAGGACGGACAUGGCUGCCCACAGAAUUCGAGCUACCAACAAUAACAACGUGCUCCCACGCUGUAAAUCUGAAGGGACGCUCAUAGACCUCAGUGAUGGAGUGUCUGAGCCAAAUUUUACUGAUGUCAAAGUGCCUUCUCCAAGUGCCUUACGGCUGGAUAACUCCUCUUCCUUUGGAACUGCUCGUGAGGUUGUUGCCAUCAAGGACUACUGUCCUACCAGCUUCACUACGUUGAAGUUCUCCAAGGGUGACCGCCUCUUUGUGCUAGACACAUCAGGAGGAGAGUGGUGGUAUGCCCACAACAAUACAGAAAUGGGUUAUAUCCCUGCAGCAUAUGUCCAACCAGUCAACCACCGGAACUCAUCCCUCAGUGACAGUGGGAUGAUAGACAAUCUUGGUGACAGUGCUGAUGAGGGAGCCAAGGAACUGGACCUCCUUGGAGAGUGGACAGGAGUUGUCCUGAAUCCUACAAAACCAUAUGACAGCAAUCCUUUCACACACCGAUCCUCCACAAAUCCAUUUCUUAAUGGAGCCUUGCAAACAGCCCUUGAUCAGAACAGUGAUAAGGCUGUGAAAAAUACAGCAGUGGAUUUGCUGUUUUUUGACUCCCUGGCUCCACCUGUCCCUGUUGCUGAUUCUUCAACCACCAAUAGUUUUACCAACAGCAUUUUUGAUAUUACUCCCUGUAGCCCAAACCUAGAGAUAAACCAACCACUCAGGAGGGACAACCCUUUCUUCAGGAGCAAACGCUCAUACAGCUUGUCAGAGCUUUCCAUCCUCCAGGCCCAGUCUGGUUCAACAGGAGCAUCAUGUGGUUUCUUCUCUGGCUUAAAGGCUCCUUCCCCUGAACAGUUUCAAAGCAGGGAGGACUUUAGGACUGCUUGGCUGAACCAUAGGAAACUUGCAAGGUCUUGUCAUGACUUGGAUUCUCUGGGGCAGAAUCCCGGCUGGGGACAGACACAGCCAGUGGAAACCAAUAUAGUUUGUAAGCUGGACAGUUCGGGGGGUGCUGUGCAGCUGCCAGACACCAGCAUCAGUAUUCAUGUCCCUGAGGGCCAUGUAGCACCUGGGGACACCCAGCAGAUCUCUAUGAAAGCUCUGCUUGAUCCACCUCUGGAGCUCAACAAUGACAAAUACUCCACUGUGAGUCCUGUUGUUGAGAUAAAGCUAAACAACAUGGAGAUCAAGACCUUCAUAACCUUGGAAAUGAAAGUGUCUGUGGAUAUAAAAAAGAAUAGCAGUAAAACAGCAGAGAUAUUGUGUGUAAGAAGUGACUGCAAAGAAGGGCCUUAUGCUCCUGUGCCCCAAGCAUACAUAUAUGGGGACACUGUGCAAGUUCAGCUGGACAAUUUGGAGCCUUGUAUGUAUGUAGCUGUGAUAGUACAAGCACAGCACGUCUCUCCCCCCAUGACAGUCUGGGACCAUGUUAUUAAGAAAGUCACACUUGGUGUCUAUGGACCUAAACACAUUCACCCUUCCUUCAAAACUGUUGUGGCAAUUUUUGGGCAUGAUUGUGCACCAAAAACCUUGUUAGUGAGUGAGGUUGGAAAGCAGGCACACAGCGCUCCACCAGUGGCUUUACAACUGUGGGGAAAGCACCAGUUUGUUUUGGGAAGACCACAGGACUUACAAAUAGGCAUGUACUCAAACAUGUCUAAUUACGAAGUCAAGGCAAAUGAACAAGCUCGGAUUGUACGCGGGUUUCAGAUUAAGUUGGGAAAAGUAAGUCGGCUCAUUUAUGUGAUUGCAUCCCGUAAUGCUGAAGACAUUUCUGACUUCACUCUUCGGGUCCAAGUGAAAGAUGACCAGGAAUGCAUUCUGGCACAAUUUUGUGUGCAGACGCCUCAGCCACCACCUAAAACAGGUGUUCGGACUACUGGGCAAAGGAGAUUCCUGAAGAAAAAGGAAAUCGGGAAGAUAAUAUUGUCUCCCUUGGCUGCCACAACCAAAUAUCCAGUAUUUCAGGACCGUUGCAUUAACAGCUUAAAAUAUGGCAAGCUACUAAAAACAGUAGUCAGACAAAACAAGAAUCAGUACCUCUUAGAGUACAAGAAAGGAGAUGUGAUUGCUUUGCUGAGUGAGGAGAAAAUCAAAUUAAAGGGACAGUUAUGGACCAAAGAGUGGUAUAUCGGGUACUAUCAAGGAAAGACUGGGCUUGUCCAUGCAAAAAAUGUUCUGAUUGUUGGAAAAAUGAAACCUACUUUUUUCUGUGGACCUGAUCUCACAACCUCAACCUUGUUGGAGCAGAUCCUAAAGCCUUGCAAGUUCUUAACGUAUAUCUAUGCUUCAGUGCGGACAAUUCUGAUGGAAAACAUAGGGAGCUGGCGAGCAUUCUCUGAUGCUCUUGGCUACACCAAUCUACCUUUGUCAUACUUUUGCCGAGCAGAUCUAGACAGUGAGCCAGAGAGAGUAGCUUCUGUACUAGAGAAGCUGAAGGAGGAUUGCAAUAAUGCAGACAACAAAGAAAAAAAGUCAUUUCAGAAGGAGCUCAUGACCGCCCUGCUGAAGAUGGACUGCCAGGGGCUGGUUGCCAGGCUUAUCCAGGACUUUGUGCUGCUCACCACUGCUGUGGAAAUAGCUGGCAGGUGGAGGGAGCUAGCUGAGAAAUUGGCAAAGGUGUCCAAACAGCAAAUGGAUGCUUACGAAGCUCCUCACAGGGACAAAAAUGGAGUGGUGGACAGUGAGGCAAUGUGGAAGCCGGCGUAUGAUUUUCUGCUGACCUGGGCGGCCCAGAUUGGCGACAGUUACCGCGAUGUGAUCCAAGAGCUGCACUUAGGACUGGACAAAAUGAAGAACCCAAUCACUAAGCGCUGGAAACACCUGACAGGCACGCUGAUACUUGUCAACUGUCUGGACACACUGAGGGCUUCAGCCUUCAGCCCUUCCACUCAGGAUGACUUUGCUAUUUAAAUGCCUGCGCUCCUGCCCACUGUUAGACUGGAUCCCUCAUGAGAAUCGUGGACAUAGUUUGCCCUGUGAUAUCCCAGCCAAAAAUUAAGUGGUCUCAGUAUUUUUUAACAAAAUAUUGUUUUUUAAUUAUCAAUAUGGUUGUCAAUGUAAUUGUUUAAAUCUUGUUUUUUAAGUGGCACAUUUUUGUCUUCUUUUAACCACUUUAUGACACCUUUUCACAUUAUCUGCAUAACAAAUGAGUAGAGGUUUGUUUGGGAAAACAAUAUAUGUAAACACUAGUGCAACAGUUAUUAUUACAGAAAUUGCUAUCCUGUAUUUUGAUUACAAACGUGUUUGGAACAGGUGUUCAGAAAUGGCUAGUGAGGAUGAUAAUUUGGCUCUUGUUAACCUAAACCAAUAAAAGUCCAAAUUGCUCUUUGUCCAAUCAAGAACCUCCACUCAACUUUGUCUGCCUCCUAUCUAGUUCUCAUUAAAAGAACGUCCAUUUCAUAGAUCGCUAUUUUUGUGCUUCUAUUUCUAUGACUUCAGGCUGCUUUUUACAACUGCAUUUUUGUAUAUUUUGUACUGGAGCUUCUUGAAAAUAAAGGUUUUUAACCUUUUUUAGGCUACCUGCUUUUUAAAUAAAGUCAGCCAGUAAUGUCAAGGAGAAAUACAUUUGUAUCCGCAUUAAUCCUGUAUUUGAAGUUUCUGGAUUUUUUCUAGGCUUUGUACACUGUGCAAAGAACAAUAUUAUAAAUUGAAUCUCACUACUGCAUAUUGUUAAGUCCCUUUGUUAAAAAUGUUAACACCUGGUUUUAAGUGUAUUUUAGUAUCAUAGAUUCAUUUUGUUAUGUUUUGUUUUAUUCAUUUAUCCUGGUGGCCUAAUUUAAAACAUGUUUUCACGGCAUUGCUGCAUCACAACUUCACCUGGUAGUGGUUUAUUCCACAUGUUCAGAGAUUUGAUCUUGUAUAUACUUGUGAACACAAUCAGCGAUGUCAUUAUGUCUGUUUCAUUUGUUUUGGCUUUUGCUCAAAGCAUUUAAGAAAAUCUUCAGUAAAUUUGGAUUGUAUUUCUUUUCCAUAAACUCAAUAAAAAGUGGCUGCACAUUUUGAAAUA